AUGUGUAGGAAUAGUACAAGACUCGUGACGUCACUUCAAACAAAAUGGCCUCCAAAAAUUCAGGAAAAUCUGAAAAUGAAAUUUCGGAAGCUGAUAAUGAAGUCGAACCCGCUUCUAAAGAGAAGAGGAGUAUACCAGAGGCCGCCAUGUUUCCUCCAGACUUCUACAAGUCACGCCACAACAUUGGCAGCAGAGUGGUCACUGAAAAGAUCAUCACAUACAAUGAAUCAGUGAGAGCAUCACAGUUCUACCCCUCCUAUUCCCCACUAAAGCAACUCAGUGAUUUUGUAAGCAGCUCUAGUAAAGCUGCUCCACCAACUAAAGAGGUUCAAACUGCAUUGAAAAAUGCUAAGUCUGGUGAAAAAGAGACUCCUGGAACUAAUAAAGCAACUAAAAAUCCAUCUAAAGAUCAGACUAAAGGAACAAAAAGGAAGAAUAGUCAAGUUGAUGAUUCCACAAAGCCAAAGAAAGUCAAACCAAAUGAUAAGGCUAUUAAUGACAAAUUGAAAUCCGACAAAAAAGCAGACAAAGGGACAAAAUCUCUGAAGGUAAAAGUAGUAAACUGCAAAAAGGAAAAGCUACAGAAAGAGCGUUCAAUGUCUCCCAAAAAGGACAAGGCCAAGAAAGAAUGUUCAUUGUCUCCUAAAAAAGACAAGGCCCAGAAAGAUGGUUCACUGUCUCCUAAAAAGGACAAGGCCCAGAAAGAUGGUUCACUGUCUCCUAAAAAGGACAAGGCCCAGAAAGAGCAUCCAAAGCCUCCUAAAAAGGGAAAGGUACAGAAAGGAGAAAGAUCUACUGUCUCCCUAAAGAAGGAAAAAUCUCCUGUAAAGACAUUUACUAAACUCAAACAGAAAAGUGUUGCAGGGACUAGUCCUUGUAAAGUGAAGGUUCCCAAGAUGGAUCUGAGUAAACUUGGGGCUGCUGGAACUUUGAAACUUAAGGCAGUUAAAGUACCUGGAAAAAAGGUAAAAAAAAUAGGAAAAGAUGUGAAGAUCAAAGUUGCAAAAAACAUGACGAAAGGCAGGUCUGAAACUGACCUUAAGAAGACAAGUGCCAAAAACAAGGUUGUGAUUCCUGAGAAGAAAAAUGAGAAAAACAUCAAAUCAAAUGAGCCUAAGUCUAAAACUAAGAUUGCUAAAAAGACACCUGAUAAAACUACCAAAGAUGUCACCAAAAAGGUCAAAGGAGCUCCAAAAGACCAAAAGAUGCAAGUUAAAGAAUCAAAUAAAAAGUCACCAGUGAAAAACAAAACUGCCAAAAUCCCAGUUACAAAGGUCAACAAAGGUGCUAUCACAAAAGCUAAAAAGAUAAUCAAAAAUGUGAAAAAGAAAAAGGCAACUACUGAAGCAAUGGCAGCAAUGACUUUCCCAAGGAAAAGAAGAGAAGCCAGUUUGAAUGCUGCAGCUAAAGUGAAUCUUCUAUUAGAUUACUCAUCUCCUGAUAAACUUUCUCCUCAGGCAUCUCAGCCACAACCUUCCAACAAGAAACAGGACUCUCCAAAGCAAAAAGUGAAGAAAGAACCUGUAGAGAAAGAUAAGAAGCCAGCUGUUAAACAAGAGGUAAAAGAAGCUAGGCUGGUAGCCAAGGUAAAAAAGGAAAUCAAUGAUAAACCAAAGAAAGCUGAAAAAGUAGUUAAGACUGAAAAGCAGAAAUCUCUUGAAUCUAACAAGAAAAGGGCAAUAAAGGGUAAAGGCAAUGGUAGCAAAGAAGGUACAGCAGUCACUAGACCUAUUAAAAUGAAAGGAAGAAAGGGACGCAGAGGUGGUAUUGAUCUUGUUUCUUCACCCAUACUGGCUAGUAAAUCACGACGCAUGGCUAGCCUGAAUGCAAGCGUCUUUAUGGAGAUGACUCAAACAUCAUCAUCUGAGUUGUCAUCAUCUGAAUACAGUUGGUCAUCCUGUAUGGCUACUGAAGAUGAAUUUGAUAUGGAUCUCAAAAAAGCCAUGGAAGCUAGUCUCAAAGCGCACAUAGAAUCUAAGGAUCCAAUUAAACUCAAAGAGAAAUCCACUAGUAAAGCACAAAAAGACAAAUCAAAUGAAAUUCAGAAAUCGCUCCAAAGAGAGAAAUCAAAAACAAAAUCACUUAAAGAUAAGCCCAUCGAAAGUGAUCAAGUUCAGUCAGCUCAGAAAGAGAAACUUAAAUCCUCAAAUAAGGUUAAAUUGAGCCUCCCUCCUAAGAAACGGCCAGAAAAUAGCAAUAGUCCUCAGUUUGCUCCAAUCAGGAGAAUGGCCAGUCUUAAUGCCCAGGCAUGUAUAGCAGCUACAAAUAAAAGCUGGACCAAAGGACAAGAUUGCGAAGAAGAGGCAUCUGAUACAGAGACAGAAAAAAGUAUUGCAGUUGAGGUUAAACCAGAAGAAAAGACACCAGAAAAAGAAAAAUCAGAAGAACCAAUUAAGUCAGACGAUGCCACGAAGAAAUCAGAAUCGAAAGCUGACCUUCCAGUGUCCCAGGAUGAGACUGCGCCCAGUUAUAGAAUUAUAGAACGUGGACCCAGUGUUUAUGACUUUGAGAAUGCAAGAGCUCCUGAAGGAGGCGCAACCUUUGAUGAGGUUAAACCUGAUGUAAUUGAGAUUCAGCCUAGCACAAACAGUACCAGGGUUGCACUAGGUAUGCCCCCUAGACCCCUCAGUGCCAAAGAGCGAGCCAUCGAGAAGGCUCAACUGGCUGAACAGACUAAACAAAGCGUUAGCUGCUGGGUUAGUGGACUUAAUGAGCCACCGCCAGCUGGACUUGUAUCUUGGAAUAAUACAGGGGUCUAUGGGGAGAAUAGGUAUAAUGUGCCAGUGAAUAGACAGCAUCAAGGGCCAGAUACUAAACCCCCACAGAACAGUAGUACAAGUGGUAUGCAAUCCCCAAGCGGACAACCCCAUGUAUACCCCAAUCAGCAAUAUCAAUCUAACAUGUCUGGAGAUACUCCAAGGCAUGUGUUGAUGAACACACCUGCCCUUGCCCCACAGGCCUUUCAAGCACAACCGAGGGGUAUGCCUCCCGCACAAAGAUUGCCCCCCUCUCGGCAACCACAACAACAGAUCUCUACUCACCAAGCCCAGCCACAGAUAAGAUCCCCUGGACCGCCCCCUGUUCAAAGGAGACUCUCUUCGCCCCUCGCCAACCCAGUCAUUCCACAGGAUAACACCUCCAUGCCACCACCCACUAUGAUGUCUCCUCUCCCUUCCCAGGGGAGUCAAAUUGGUCAACCCCAAGGGAGUCAACCAACUCAGCCUCCUGUACCCCAACCCCAGCAAAAUCAGCAGGGUCCCCCACAAGUCAUGGGGAACAACCCACCUACGCAAAUGAUGACAAACAAUCUCCAGGGACAGGCACCUAAUCCGCAAAUUGUUCACAUGGUGAAUAACGCACGGGUGCCAUCCCCCCUCCCACAGGUGCAUACUUACCCUUACAGCAAUACUUCUAUGCCAUCUAGUCAGUGUCAGACGUACAUGUUGAGCAAUAUGGGAAACAGUUUCUCACUGAUGUACCAGAGACCGCCAUAUCCCAACAUGAACAGUGCAUUUACAGUGCCCUAUGGUGCCCAGCCUAUGUAUCAACAGGUCCAACAAGGGUUCUACCAAGCAGCAGGACCUUUGAUCCAGACUUUAGGCCCUGAGCAGUGUGAUCCUUGUAUGACCCCCUUCCCUGUACCCAUGCAAAUAGCACAACCACAGGUGAAGGUCCUAGUCCAUAACAUCCAUCCUCCGCCUUCUCAACCUGGUGCUCAGAUAGACAUGAAGCCAUUCAACAAACUCGACCAACCCUUGCCUAUGCGACCAAUCAAAGCAGAGAAACAUAAACUUGGACAUGGUGACGUUAAACCUUUCAAGAGACGAGCUCUUGAUGUCAAAGGGGUUCCUAAAAUUGCUAAAAAUGUUGAACGAUUUGAGCAGAUCCAUGGUAGCAUAAGACAAUAUGAGGAUACAUUGUCAAAUAGUAGUAGCAUUAUAGAGAUAAAAAAGGAGGAGAAAAUUGAAGCAGUGCUGGAUGUAGAGAAAACUGAUAAUACAAAUUUAGAGCGAGGAAUAGAUAGUUCAGAUAGCCCUAAAUCAUGGCCUAAUGAUGAAGACACAAAGGUUAUUAUGGAUUUAUCUUCAGAUAUCAAGGUGAUUCAUACAUUCAGUCGUGCUGAAGAUAAAAGACAUAAAGAGUCAGGUGGGAGGUCAAGUAAAAGCCCAGCUAGGUGCUCUCCGUGUGUUGCAGAGAAACCCAAAUGUACCACUCCUGUAGUACAAAAAGAAAGACCAAAAAGUGCCACUCAAAAAAAUAGUCCCAAACCAGAUCAUAAAAGUGGAACUCUCAAUAUACAGUCAGAUGGUGAUAUUAAAUGUAAAUCUGGAAGUUCUGAAACCCCUGAGGUUAAAAGUAAAACACAGAAUGAUGGUAAAAUGAUUGAUACAAUUGACAAUGCUCCUAUUGUAGGUGAUAUUUCUGAGACUGAGGUUCAGCCAAAUGAACAAAUUAAGCCACAUGAAAGUAAAGGUGGGGAUUCUCAUACUGUUGGUGAUGAACCCGAGAGUAUUCCAAAAGAACAAUCACUCACUAUAGACUGUAUUGUGCCACAUAUCCCAGAAAGUAGCAAACCUUCUGUGCCACCUACAACGUUAGAUCUCACAGCUAUCAAUGCCCCAAAGUCUAAUCCCUGUAGCCCAGAAAACCCUCAUUCUCAGAAGAAAAGUGACCCAAAAUCAAACAAAGUAGUUCCAAGUGGAAUAAUUCCUGGUAAUAAAUCACCAAAUACCAGAAAGUGCAAAACUCAAGAUAAAUCUAACACAGUUUGUUCAGACUCGGAGGUUAAAUCUUUGACUAAACAUGAGCCUAAAUCUCCAGAGAAAUCCAAGUCUCCAAAUAUUAAAUCGUUCCCUAAAUCUGAAAAAUCAAAACCUUCUGAAAACAAACCAGUUACUCCAGAGAAAAACAAAUCACCUCCAAUGAAACCUAAAACAAGGUCCCCUGUGAGAAGUGAACCCAAAACUCCAGACAGUAAAAAGAGUAUUGAAACUCCAGAAAAAAGUCGAUCGCCUCAAACUAGAAGCGGAGCUAAGACACCCGAGAAAAGCAGGACACCAGAUGCGAAAGAGAAAAAAUCUGAAAAAAUUGAGGGAAAAAAAUCUGGGUCUGAUAAGAAGAGAAAAGACAGUACAAAUAAAGAGAAGAAUGAACUGAAAGUUGUUGAUGAUAAGGGAAAGAAGAAAAGAAAGUCCCCAAGUCAGAGUAUUUGGCGAUGGGAGGGGGAACCUUUCUACAAAAAGGUCUAUACAACAAAUGAUUACCCUCCUCUGGAACGCAAGUGCUAUCCAUCUAUUCGCCAUAUUGAUGGUGAUAUCAUCAGAGUGCGGGAUUGUGUGCUGAUUAAGUCUGGGCCCCUGAAGACAGAUGUACCUUUUGUUGCCAAGAUAUCUGCCCUUUUUGAGAAUCCUGAUGAUGGAGAGAUGAUGAUGGGUACGAUGUGGUACUACAGGCCUGAACAAACUGAAAUUGGGAGACGUCCAUAUCACAUUGACCAAGAAAUCUUUGCCUCCAAACAUAGAGACACCAACAGUGUGGCCUGUAUAGAGGACAAAUGCUAUGUGCUAACGCUAGGAGAGUUCUGCAGGUACAAGGCUAAAAUUAAGAUGAAAUCUGAGGGUUUUCCCUCACAAUUAGACAAAAAAUGUAUUGUCCCGUCACAGAGUGGCCUCACAGAGACACCUAUUGGGCUAAAUAGAAUGCCUUCGGAGACAACAGAUCAGGAAAUAGUGUUCAUGUGCAGACAGGUUUAUGAUUUCCGAUUAAAUCGAGUUUUGAAGAAUCCAGUUGUUAGAUCUCUAUCAUUCCAAGCUAUACAUAGUCAGGCCACUGGAGGUGCUAAUACUAUGUUGUAACCCGACAUAGUCAGGCCACUGGAGGUGCUAAUGCU